AUGGCCAACUGCUACUUCGAUAUUUCGAUUGCCAACAAACCAGCCGGUCGUAUUGUUUUUAAGCUGUACGACGACGUCGUUCCGAAAACCACUCACAACUUCCGUGAGCUCUGCCUUAAAGAACAAGGUCAAGGUUACACUGGCUCAAAAUUCCACCGCAUCAUCCCCAACUUCAUGCUCCAGGGUGGUGACUUCACUAGAGGUGACGGCACUGGCGGUAGGUCCAUCUAUGGAGAAAAGUUCGCAGACGAAAACUUUACGAAGAAACACACCAAGCCUGGCCUGCUCUCCAUGGCUAAUGCUGGAAAGAAUACCAACGGAUCUCAGUUUUUCAUUACCACUGUCGUUACUUCUUGGCUAGAUGGUGCUCAUGUCGUCUUCGGCGAGGUCGUUGAGGGAAUGGACUUAGUUAAGCAGAUCGAAGCAUUGGGCUCUCCAUCUGGAAAGCCGAGUGCUUCCGUUGCCAUCGCUGCGAGUGGAACUGUGUAA